AUGUAUCCCUAUGGUUCGGACAACGGUGAUAGCGAGUUUCGUCUUGGCGACUCCUACUAUUACUACUAUGGCCACUGCUUGGAACUCAAAGCAGAUCGCUUUGGAUUUCCAUUCUUCAAUGAGAGGCAUUACAAAUUACAUGUAAGUGUGGUUCAUUAAUGUGUAAUAAUAAUAAUAAUAAUAACAAUAAUAACUUUAUUUAAGUCUCAAGCUUCUAGCUUAGCACAAGUGAUGACCAAUCGGGGAGACAAAUAAUAAACUAAGACGGGGAAGUUAAAGUCCCAAUUUCCCAGAAAGCAGCCAGACGUUGACUGUUUUUCAGAGUGCGACUGAUCUUCUUUUCAAAUAGAGGAUACCUUCGUCUUUAUUGGAAGUAGAGAAGGGCCAUAGAAAUACUAAUGAUGAGUUUCAGGCCAGCGGAUCAUAUUAUAAGGGAGCUUCAAGGAAGGCAAAUUCAUUUUUUUUUUGCGAAGUUUUCACUGCCGUCGUCGUCGUGUUGCUUAAGGUCCCUACUGACUCAGACUGACUUGAGCUAAAAUCGUAAAACAACACACCGACAAAAACGGAAAAGCCAGGGAAAGGGCAUAGGUGGCCGGGGAAGACUGGAUGCAUUGAAGUUGUGACUUUGAAAAACGUUAGCUCACUUCUAGUGCAAGUUAGCUUGUUUCCAGCGUUCAGAUAAUGGAAAUAACGCGUAAGAAACAGGGACUUGUUAAGCCCCCGAAAUAGAGAUCAGGGGUGUAGAAUUCAAAAGCCUAUUUUACUAGCUCGGUAGGAGGAAUUUUAAAAUAUCUCUGUUGUUUAUCUUUAAAAUAAUGCCUGCACCGAUUUAUCCGGUAAAUAUUUUGAACCAGAAUAGCUUUCCUGGCUCUUAGAGUAUUAGGGAGCUAAACGAAACACAUCGACGACAGCAACGACAACGUCAAAAAACAAAUGGUUUUUAAGCAAAGCAACAACUCUGCACUUGCAUCACGCUUUUAGGGUAUUUCGUUGACGUUCACUGCACGACUACGACGUUUUAUCGAGGAGGUAAAUAGUCGACAAUAAAUUUUUCUUUCUCAGUCUUUUUAAACGUGGAUAAAGUCCUCAGUUAAGAAUUCAACUCCAGGAGGAAUCGCCCUCAUUUGACAAAUUGAAAGUGUCUAAGUACAUGUAGACGAGAUAAAGUUUGAAAGGACGUUUUAACUACCGUCGUCGUUGCCUAAGCUUCCUAUUAGUUCAAGUAGAUGUCGACUUUAUGCCGUUGACCUUGGCUCCUUUUUCGUCCUUGUUAAUCAGAAGGGAACGUAAAAAUAAGCGAAUCCAAACUGCGGCUCAAAAAGAGGAGAGGUUGUAGACCCUGGUGAUUUCGCUCACUGAGUUUGUUGCACUAGGAGCAUUUGAUUUGUAAAGUGCAUGUCAGUUAAGAAGUUUUAAACGCGAGAGAAAGAAAGAAAUGUUUGCGAAGAAAUUUUCAAAGAGAGUUCAAACAUGAAAUUAGAGUUGCGGAAAGGGAAUUUGCGAUGGAGUAGAUUAAAAAUAACAAAAACAGUGCGAACUCUUUUUGGAAAACAAUUCACUUAUGCAAACCGAACAAGUCACAAACACAACGAAUUUACGGCCAAAAAUGAAAAAGCGGUGGCAAAUGUCGGCGGAAAUACUGUAAAGGAGAUCACUGAAUUAGUGUCCAAAUUUGAUGAUGAGCUCAAAAAUACCGCAUUCACUCCAAGAACUUACGCGACAUCAGAGCAAUUCACUUAAUACGCUGUAGAAAACAAACAGGUAGAAGCAACUGUUAAUUCAAUGGCAACACACAAAGCACCUGGCAUGGAAAAAAUUCCGGUACGAGUAAAUAAAGAUUGUCUUCCUUUAAUACUGCCCUCUAUCACGUCUAUCAUUAACACGUCCUUCGCCACCAUUACAUUCCCAGAAACGGGGAAGCUGGUUGAGGUGACACCCAUCAUUAAAAGUGGCAAUCACCUGGUACCCAAUAACAAUAGGCCAAUUUCACUUUUGUCAGCUUUGUCAGAAGUGUGCGCAAGAGUGGCUCAUAACCAAUUUACCACACCGUAAUUUUUAGGGAGUUAUUAUAACUCCAAAAAUGGAGUAAAAAUUUUAGGUACAGGAUAACCCCUUUUUUGGGGUUAUUUUAACUCCUAAUUUAACUCCGAAUUUGGGGUCAUUUUUACAGGCAUAGGUGCCCGGGGAAGACUGGACGCAUUCAAGUUGUGACUUUGAAAAACUUUAGUCCACCAUUUUUAGUUUAUCACAACUUACAUGCCAUCCGGUUAGACCACUUCUAGUGCAAGUUAGCUUGUUCCCAGCGUUCAGAUAGUGGAAAUAACGCAGAAGAAACAGGGACUUGUUAAGCACCCGAAAUAGAGAUCAGCGGUGUAGAAUUCAAACCUAUUUUAGCUUAUUUUACUAGCUCGGUACGAGGAAUUUAAAAAUAUCUCUGUUGUUUAUCUUUAAUAUAAUGCCUAUACCGAUUUAUCCGCUAAAUAUUUUGACCCAGAAUAACUUUCCUGGCUCUUAGAGUAUUUGGGAGCCAAAGGAAACACAUCGACGACGGCAAAGACAACGUCAAAAAACAAAUGGUUUUUGAGCAAAGCAACAGCUCUGCACUUGCAUCACGCUUUUACGGCAUUUCUUUGAUGUUCACGACUACGACGUGAAACCUCCCAUUGCGACGUUUUAUCGAGGAGGUAAAUAGUCGACAAUAAUUUUUCUUUCUCAGUCUUUUUAAGCGUGGAUAAAGUCCUCAUUUAAGAAUUCAACUCCAUGAGGAAUCGCCCCCAACUGACAAAUUGAAAGUGUCUAAGUACAUGUAGACGAGAUAAAGUUUGAAAGGACGUUUUAACUACCGUCGUCGUUGCCUAAGCUUCCUAUAAGUUCAAGUAGAUGUCGACUUUAUGCCGUUGGCCUUGGCUCCUUUUUCGUCCUUGUUAAUUAGAAGGGAACGUAAAAAUAAGCGAAUCCACACUGCGGCUCAAAAAGAGGAGAGGUUGUAGACCCUGGUGAUUUCGCUCACUGAUUUUGUCGCACUAGGAGCAUUUGAUUUGUAAAGUGCAUGUUAAGAAGUUUUAAACGCGAGAGAAAGAAAGAAAUUUUUGCGAAGAAAUUUUCAAAGAGAGUUCAAACAUGAAAUUAGAGUUGCGGAAAGAGAAUUUGUGAUGGAGCGGAUUGAAAAUAACAAAAACAGUACGAGCUCUAUUUGGAAAACAAUUCACUUAUGCAAACCGAACAAGUCACAAACGCAACGAAUUUACGGCCAAAAAUGAAAAAACUGUGGCAAAUGUCGGCGGAAAUACUGUAAAGGAGAUCACUGAAUUAGCGUCAAAAGUUGAUUAUGAGGUCAAAAAUACCGCAUUCACUCCAAGAACUUACGCGACAUCAGAGCAAUUCACUUUAUACGCUGUAGAAAACAAACAGGUAGAAGCAGUUGAUAAUUCAAUGGCAACACACAAAGCACCUGGCAUGGUAAGAGGUAAGAGUAAUUAAAGAUUGUCUUCCUUUAAUACUGCCCUCUAUCACGUCUAUCAUUAAAACGUCCUUCGCCACCAAUACAUUCCCAGAAGCGGGGAAGUUGGUUGAGGUGACACCCAUCCUUAAAAGUAGCAAUCACCAGGGUACCCAAUAACAAUAGGCCAAUUUCACUUUUGUCAGCUUUGUCAAAAGUGUGCGCAAGAGUGGCUCAUAACCAAUUUACCACUCAUCAACUUUCAAAGUAACGUUUGACCGCGAAACAGAGCGGAAAUAAUCAACACCACACAAAUGAGACCACAUUGAUUCAAACUACCGAUCAGAUACUACGCGCUAUUGACGACAAACACUUAACCCCAAUAGUUCUUCUCGAUAUGAGUAAGGCUUUUGAUAGCUUACACCAUGGAACUCUACUGGCCAAACUUUAGGAUAUUGGUGCAUCUUCCACCACCAAGCAGUGGCUCCGAGUUAUCUGUUGUCCCGAUGCCAAGUCGUACCCAUCAACACUGCUCUGUCAGACCGCGUGCAAAUAACUAACGGUGGUCAUGCAGCACUGCACCCCACAAUGCUAUGUUGACAGUACGAAACUUCUGUUAUCCUUUGUACCACAGUCAGAAAUAGAAUGAAUCCAAGAUUUGCUCAAAAUCCGGAACUGUUGCUUUGACAACCAACCCAAACCAGACGAACUUAGUGAUUUUUGAAAGCAGACAAAAUAUUGCAAAAGUAAACGUUUUUUAUCUGUCCCUUCUUGGGAAGGAGCUUGUACCUUGCAAUAACUGCUAUAGACCUCGGUUUUAUUUUGGACUGAAAUCUAACUUUUAAUGAGCAAGUAAUACAACCUGUUUCAUCGUCUAUGUCACGUCUCGCUCAGAUAAAUCGAAGUAAGCACUCUUUCGGCAAGCAGUCUCUUACUACUAUGACAACUGCAUUAGUCUUUAGUAAACUGUUUUACUGCUCCACUGUUUGGAGUAACACCUCUCAAACAAAUUUAAGCAAGUUCUAGGCACUCUUUCGCCAGGCAAUCUCUUACUACUAUAAUAAAUACAUUUUUUUUAGUAAAGUGUUCUAUUGCUUCACUGUUUGGAGUAAAAGCUCUCGAACAGUUACAGGCAGUCCAAAAUUUCGCCUGUCGUAUUGUAAGCGGAAACGGAGAUUCGACCGCAUAACUCCAUCUUUACAGCAAUUGCGCUGGUAGCCUGUUAAUGAGCUACUCUACUAGCGAGAUGCCAUAAUGGCAUUCAAGUGCAUGACGGGACGUGCCCCAGGAUACCUAUCCACACAGUUCAGACGAUGCGACGGUACAGUCUGCAAAUCAAGAAAUUCCUCUUUUUAGAACCACUUAGCGGCCAAAGAUUCUUUUACUAGAGAAGAGUCACCUGAUGAAAUUUUUUAUCAAAUGAUCUUAAACUUUGGAAAUCAGUGAGCCAUUUUAAACGAUACCUAAAUUAAGCCUCUUACGUAAUUUUGUCUCGAUACUUUAUUAAAAUUGACUUCUACUAUUUGCAAUAUUUUUUUAGACUCAUUUUAUCCUUUUAUUGUAUUUGUACUAUAUUUACUUAAUCUUUUUUAUAGUUUUUAUUCAUAUUUUACUUUAAUUAAAUAGUUCUUAUUGUUGAAAUAUUAUGAGUAUAUUAUAGAUUUUUUUUAAUUGCUGUCUCUGAAAAUCCCCGUUGGGGAAGAGUAUGUAUGUAUGUAUGUAUGCAUACAUGCAUGCAUGCAUGCAUGUGCAUGCAUGAUACCGUGGCGAUCAACUAAAGAGGUCGUUAGACGAAACUAGUUUUGUUAAUCGCCAUAUAAAUUUUAUAGUGUGUUGAAAGUGGAUACAAAGUGGGUCUUUUUCUACUGUUUAUUGAAAUAGUUUUACUUACUUAUCUAUUUAUUUAUUUAUUUAUUUAUUUAUUAUCUCCCUUGGAAAGAAAGUGACUUAUAACGACUGCGAAAAAUCUGUUUUUCUUAUUUUUGUGUGGCGGUUAAAUUGAAUUAAGGAUUUAUAUUUUCGGCGAUCCACAUUUAUUUUUGUUUUCGCACAUUCCAGAGAACUGGGAUAAAAAUCGAAACUUAUAUAUGAAAAAGUAAGGCAAUUUUAUCGACUGUAUUUUGCAGAUAUGCCGCAAUGGAAAAUUACAACUGAAUUAUGAAUGGAGCUUUUGGUGGCCGCAAAAGUUCGGUGUGUAUAGAUGGUUUCGAAAUUAUGCAAUCAUCGCUCCAUUCUGGGCGCUCACGGACCAGUAUUUGGCUUUCAAAGCUGGAUAUUCAAAAGUAUAUUAUCACGUGUACAGUCAAGUCACUGAUCCUACAAGGAGAAUUCUGGACAAAGCCUCCAAACAUGUUCGACUGUAUGACAAUAGCGAAAAAUUCUCCACCUUUGAAGCGGAAUGGGUUCUGGUUGUAACCUGGGAAAACUUAUGUCCCUAUGUCUACUACCCUUAUUGGUACUACUCUUGGUUCAACUGGGGUAUACCCAAUCUUGAUUGUCCCUUGGUAAGUAAUUAAAAGCUUACUGCCGUAAUGGAGUAUGUUUCUGAAAAUAAAGGAUAGUUUUAAUUUUCCAAUAUGAAAUAUUCGCGUAGACGAUCUUAACCCCCAGAGGACCCUACUUAGGACAAACAAGAAACAUGAAUGACCCACUGCAUAAGACAACGAUCUCAUUUUUUUAGCCAUGUUCAGAGCAAUGUCAUAAUACUUUUUUUCGCAAAAAUUUGUACGCUGCUCAGGACAGACAAACCCAAAAACAUGCUCCGAACCACAGCAGUACGCCCUGGUAGGUUUUAAUUUCUACAUAUUUGACGAUUGAAGCCUUUCUCCCAAGACAAUUUCUGUUAUGUUAAGAUUGUAGUAAAAUUUCAAAUUUGGUUAGCUUUCUCUCGUGCCGAAAUUUUUAGGGAUUUAAAACAGAGGAAUAUUUUGAAUUAAUACUAAUAAAAGGUGAAUACAAUUACUUAGCUUUUACAUGAUAAAAAUUCUAAUCGCUGUAACGAGAAGUGUGGAAAUUAGAAUUCCAAUCAUCACCAUUGUGUUGAUCAUUUUCUUAGCAGUUGAGAAACAAGAACUAUGAAAGAUAAUUGGUAGCUUGUUCUCAAGGUAUAUCUAGAUGGCGUGCUUCCCAUGUCUAUUACCUUCGCUGACUCAACAUUGCUUUUUUACAGUCCAACACCUUUCAAGCAGUCAUCAUUACAGAUUUCCUCAACUCGUUUUUGAUGUUCAAUUAUCCUCAUGGAGGAAUUCAAUGGGUUGCUCCAGUCUUACCGUAAGUACAACCAUCAAACACGCGGCAAGUAAGAACGCUCUGUCAAAAAAUUCAAAAUUUAGCCAGGAUUUCUCUCGUAAUCAUGCUCAUGGUAUCAUAAAUUAAGCGGUUCAACACACAAUGACAACAAUAAAGCUCUAUGGAUGACGGUGUCCUUAGAAUAAUUCAGCAUGAUCAAGAGUACUUCACUCUUAGAGCUCGAUCUUUCCCUGAGUUGUAUGAUGGCUAUAAACAAUUUUCAAUAUGAGGCUAUUCUGCGUUAGUUGCCUUCAGUUUACGCUCGUUAACGCUUGAGCAGUCUAAAGUCUGGUUUCCAUACGAUCGUCCGGAUCGUCCCGAUCGUCCCAGUCGUCUCAAAAAAUGUUCAGACGAUCGGGACGAUCAUGUGGAAACGCUAUCCAGACGAUCGCAAACGACCAGGACGACUGAGACGACCUCGACCGCUUGGAUAGAGUUGAGUUCUAUCCGGACGAUCGGGACGAUCAUGUAAAUUUUGAAGCGAUCAUAUGGAAACGCUCUCCGACGACUGAGACGAUCAGGACGAUUGAAGGCUAUCCCAGAGGUCAUCACUUUUAUUCCAGUAAUCGAGAAUAAAAAUUCGGCCCGGAUGGCGCUGAAGCCGAAAAAAUAGUACAAAAAUGUUCGCAGCGCGUAUGGGGGUUAUUUGAAAUUAGAGAAAGUCCGUGACAUCAAGUUUUCGAAGAGAUACUAUGUCUUCGGGGAACUCUUCUAGCUUCUCAAUGCCGCAAAAUCAAGAGAAAAAGCAAAUACCAAGAUACGAGGUUCGCUGUACGAAUAAAAAUCAUCCGUUUAUGUGGCUUGUUUGCAAAACACGCGCAAAAAUUCUAUUGUCUGACCCAGAGACAUCGCUGACGACCCCGCUUCUCUUGCCUUUGAGGCGAUCGAGACGAUCAUAUGGAAACUACCAAUCGCCCAGUCGUCGGGAUCGUCUCGAAAUAUUUUGAAACGACUGGGGCGAUCGGGACGAUCCGGAUGAUCAUAUGGAAACCAGAAUUAAGGGAAUGCGUGCACGCUAAAUCCAGGUCGACAAAAAGGGAAAAAAUUUACAACAAGGUGGAAAAAAUGGAAUGAAGUGAACAAGAAGAAUAUGACAAUAUACAAGAUAAGGACAAAGUGGGGAAGGGUUUAACUUGUUGUGGUACAUUUCUGAGUGGAAAGGUGUUAGCUGAUGAAAUUAUAGGUUGCUUUUUCUUUUGGUUAUUGACGUUUCUGACUUAUGAAACGUUUUCAGAUAUCAAUUAUGCACUUUGAAGUAUCAUAUUUAACCUUCUUUUUGCAGAUACUAUUAUCGGUACUGGACAGACUGGUAUGGAAUUCCCGCUGCUGGGUGGAACGCAGGCGAUAAUGGCGAACACUAUUUAAACAUGAAAGGGUAGGGUUAAGAAAUUUAAAAUCUGUUACGUCAUCUCUGUCCUCUUGAACUAUAGUACAUUACUUCCUGCUUUGUUACUCGCUGCAAAAAACAAAAAUGGGUUGAAAUAACGACGGCUUUGGAAUAAUCUUGAAAUUGAGAAACAAUAUUUGUGUUUGAGAACAAACGAGAAUAAUUUUGAAGUGUUUUUCGUAUUUAUUUUUAGUUCGAGAAAUUUGUAUGGAAUGUAUGAUCUGGACAAGAGGGCAGGAAACACAGGCUUGACGGGAAGGUACUUCUGGAGGAUUGAGAACAGUGAUGGAGAAAAAGCAUUGGAAAGGUGCCUCUCUUGGGCUCGCUUUCAAUUGAAAAUCCUCUUUCUCUAUUGGCAUGCCAGAUUCGUUAAGUCGGACAGUAGCAUGGCCUGUCCUUGCUCAGGUUGGCAAGCCUGGUUUGACAGAAGAUUCUUCUGGGACUGGCGAAAGUAUUCCUGGCCCGAUUGGUGCUUCGAAUCCAGACGAGUAAAGUAUAUUCGGUAUAACUUUUAUGGAGGAUAUGUAUAUUUCAGCAUGAGGCAACUUUGCUGUUAUUCCACGGAUUGGCAAGACUGGGCAUCUCUUAAGAUUGGACCACCAGACGGAAGCCAUGUUAAAAUGCAACUACAUUAUUAUUACUAUUGGUGGGGGUGGAAUCGUGAUCAAAGUGUUUACGACGACCAGCAGGCCUAUAAACAUUGCUGUGUUGAUAUACCAUUCUGUAAUUUGUUCUACAUUUUUCGCCCGUCUGAUGACUGCCAGCGAUAUAUACCUCCACGAAGACGUACGUAUACUCUAAAAUAAGCUCUCUUUCCUCCUUGAGAGCUUUUGGUGGCCGCAAAAGUUCGGUGUGUAUAGAUGGUUUCGCAAUUAUGCAAUCAUCGCUCCAUUCUGGGCGCUCACGGACCAGUAUUUGGCUUUCAAAGCUGGAUAUUCAAAAGUAUAUUAUCACGUGUACAGUCAAGUCACUGAUCCUACAAGGAGAAUUCUGGACAAAGCCUCCAAACAUGUUCGACUGUAUGACAAUAGCGAAAAAUUCUCCACCUUUGAAGCGGAAUGGGUUCUGGUUGUAACCUGGGAAAACUUAUGUCCCUAUGUCUACUACCCUUAUUGGUACUACUCUUGGUUCAACUGGGGUAUACCCAAUCUUGAUUGUCCCUUGGUAAGUAAUUAAAAGCUUACUGCCGUAAUGGAGUAUGUUUCUGAAAAUAAAGGAUAGUUUUAAUUUUCCAAUAUGAAAUAUUCGCGUAGACGAUCUUAACCCCCAGAGGACCCUACUUAGGACAAACAAGAAACAUGAAUGACCCACUGCAUAAGACAACGAUCUCAUUUUUUUAGCCAUGUUCAGAGCAAUGUCAUAAUACUUUUUUUCGCAAAAAUUUGUACGCUGCUCAGGACAGACAAACCCAAAAACAUGCUCCGAACCACAGCAGUACGCCCUGGUAGGUUUUAAUUUCUACAUAUUUGACGAUUGAAGCCUUUCUCCCAAGACAAUUUCUGUUAUGUUAAGAUUGUAGUAAAAUUUCAAAUUUGGUUAGCUUUCUCUCGUGCCGAAAUUUUUAGGGAUUUAAAACAGAGGAAUAUUUUGAAUUAAUACUAAUAAAAGGUGAAUACAAUUACUUAGCUUUUACAUGAUAAAAAUUCUAAUCGCUGUAACGAGAAGUGUGGAAAUUAGAAUUCCAAUCAUCACCAUUGUGUUGAUCAUUUUCUUAGCAGUUGAGAAACAAGAACUAUGAAAGAUAAUUGGUAGCUUGUUCUCAAGGUAUAUCUAGAUGGCGUGCUUCCCAUGUCUAUUACCUUCGCUGACUCAACAUUGCUUUUUUACAGUCCAACACCUUUCAAGCAGUCAUCAUUACAGAUUUCCUCAACUCGUUUUUGAUGUUCAAUUAUCCUCAUGGAGGAAUUCAAUGGGUUGCUCCAGUCUUACCGUAAGUACAACCAUCAAACACGCGGCAAGUAAGAACGCUCUGUCAAAAAAUUCAAAAUUUAGCCAGGAUUUCUCUCGUAAUCAUGCUCAUGGUAUCAUAAAUUAAGCGGUUCAACACACAAUGACAACAAUAAAGCUCUAUGGAUGACGGUGUCCUUAGAAUAAUUCAGCAUGAUCAAGAGUACUUCACUCUUAGAGCUCGAUCUUUCCCUGAGUUGUAUGAUGGCUAUAAACAAUUUUCAAUAUGAGGCUAUUCUGCGUUAGUUGCCUUCAGUUUACGCUCGUUAACGCUUGAGCAGUCUAAAGUCUGGUUUCCAUACGAUCGUCCGGAUCGUCCCGAUCGUCCCAGUCGUCUCAAAAAAUGUUCAGACGAUCGGGACGAUCAUGUGGAAACGCUAUCCAGACGAUCGCAAACGACCAGGACGACUGAGACGACCUCGACCGCUUGGAUAGAGUUGAGUUCUAUCCGGACGAUCGGGACGAUCAUGUAAAUUUUGAAGCGAUCAUAUGGAAACGCUCUCCGACGACUGAGACGAUCAGGACGAUUGAAGGCUAUCCCAGAGGUCAUCACUUUUAUUCCAGUAAUCGAGAAUAAAAAUUCGGCCCGGAUGGCGCUGAAGCCGAAAAAAUAGUACAAAAAUGUUCGCAGCGCGUAUGGGGGUUAUUUGAAAUUAGAGAAAGUCCGUGACAUCAAGUUUUCGAAGAGAUACUAUGUCUUCGGGGAACUCUUCUAGCUUCUCAAUGCCGCAAAAUCAAGAGAAAAAGCAAAUACCAAGAUACGAGGUUCGCUGUACGAAUAAAAAUCAUCCGUUUAUGUGGCUUGUUUGCAAAACACGCGCAAAAAUUCUAUUGUCUGACCCAGAGACAUCGCUGACGACCCCGCUUCUCUUGCCUUUGAGGCGAUCGAGACGAUCAUAUGGAAACUACCAAUCGCCCAGUCGUCGGGAUCGUCUCGAAAUAUUUUGAAACGACUGGGGCGAUCGGGACGAUCCGGAUGAUCAUAUGGAAACCAGAAUUAAGGGAAUGCGUGCACGCUAAAUCCAGGUCGACAAAAAGGGAAAAAAUUUACAACAAGGUGGAAAAAAUGGAAUGAAGUGAACAAGAAGAAUAUGACAAUAUACAAGAUAAGGACAAAGUGGGGAAGGGUUUAACUUGUUGUGGUACAUUUCUGAGUGGAAAGGUGUUAGCUGAUGAAAUUAUAGGUUGCUUUUUCUUUUGGUUAUUGACGUUUCUGACUUAUGAAACGUUUUCAGAUAUCAAUUAUGCACUUUGAAGUAUCAUAUUUAACCUUCUUUUUGCAGAUACUAUUAUCGGUACUGGACAGACUGGUAUGGAAUUCCCGCUGCUGGGUGGAACGCAGGCGAUAAUGGCGAACACUAUUUAAACAUGAAAGGGUAGGGUUAAGAAAUUUAAAAUCUGUUACGUCAUCUCUGUCCUCUUGAACUAUAGUACAUUACUUCUUACUUUGUUACUCGCUGCAGAAAACCAAAAUGGGUUGAAAUAACGACGGCUUUGGAAUAAUCUUGAAAUUGAGAAACAAUAUUUGUGUUUGAGAACAAACGAGAAUAAUUUUGAAGUGUUUUUCGUGUUUAUUUUUAGUUCGAGAAAUUUGUAUGGAAUGUAUGAUCUGGACAAGAGGGCAGGAAACACAGGCUUGACGGGAAGGUACUUCUGGAGGAUUGAGAACAGUGAUGGAGAAAAAGCAUUGGAAAGGUGCCUCUCUUGGGCUCGCUUUCAAGUGAAAAUCCUCUUUCUCUAUUGGCAUGCCAGAUUCGUUAAGUCGGACAGUAGCAUGGCCUGUCCUUGCUCAGGUUGGCAAGCCUGGUUUGACAGAAGAUUCUUCUGGGACUGGCGAAAGUAUUCCUGGCCCGAUUGGUGCUUCGAAUCCAGACGAGUAAAGUAUAUUCGGUAUAACUUUUAUGGAGGAUAUGUAUAUUUCAGCAUGAGGCAACUUUGCUGUUAUUCCACGCAUUGGCAAGACUGGGCAUCUCUUAAGAUUGGAUCACCAGACGGAAGCCAUGUUAAAAUGCAACUACAUUAUUAUUACUAUUGGUGGGGGUGGAAUCGUGAUCAAAGUGUUUACGACGACCAGCAGGCCUAUAAACAUUGCUGUGUUGAUAUACCAUUCUGUAAUUUGUUCUACAUUUUUCGCCCGUCUGAUGACUGCCAGCGAUAUAUACCUCCACGAAGACGUACGUAUACUCUAAAAUAAGCUCUCUUUCCUCCUUGCCAAACACAAUAACCUACUGACUGGAUGAUGAAACACUUCGCCGACGGACCAACCGACCGAGAGACUUACUGAUCAACAGCCUGCGAGUAUGCACUCCGGGUUACCCGCAGGCUAACCGAUCGACAGGCCGACUGACCGACCCACCGUCCUAAUUAAUGAAAAGAAAAUCGACUAGCCAAAUUAUCCAUUGCGGAAGCUCACUGACUAACUGACUGAAACAAUGAAUUAUAUGAAUCUACUGACCCUAACGACUAAGAGGACUGGGAUGGACAAACGGGCUGGCCGUUUACCGAAUAAAUCAUUUUAUUGACCGACUAACUCUGGAAUGCUUUUUUGACUGACUGACUGACUGACUGACUGACUGACUGACUGACUGACUGACUGACUGACUGACUGACUGACUGACUGACUGACUGACUGGCUGGCUGGCUGGCUGAUCUAAAAACGAAAAAAAGAAACAAGUAAAGGGUUGUUCACCUCUUACGAAGGCAGCCCGGUCGGUCAACGGUUGCUCAAAUGGCAAUCAAAAUUUAGGACAGUAACCGGUAAAUUUUUCCCUUAAUCGCGUUUACCAUUUUUACAUAUCAGUUCCGUUCACGUUUCCCAAAAACGGCCUCAAAGGCCUGAAACUUGUAUAAAAGACGGCUUUGAAGAAAAGGAACACGAAUUUCCGUUUGGACCAUCCCGUCCGGGAAAACGGAACUACCUUAUCAGAUGAUCCGUUGCUCCUGAAUUUUUCUUCGAUGGAGCGGCCCAAAAAGUCGUGUUUUAUUCUUUUUUCCAACCGUAUUUUCUAGAAACUAUUUGUAAAUGAUAAGCAACCAAUGUCUUGAAUGGAAUGACCGAAUUGAGCAUUGCCUGACUGAUUCAUCACCUCGAGUGUUAUAAUCCUUUCGUUAAAUGUUUCGACGUUUCCAUUCAAAAGGUUGGUUUUGGGGAGAUCCUCAUUUCAAGACUCUGGAUGGCGGGAAUUUUACUUUUAAUGGCCUCGGUGAAUAUGUGAUGAUCGAUGCACAAAACGGAACCUUUCAACUGCAAGCCAGAACAAGCCUGGCCCAGGGAAACUCGACUACUGCCACUAUUUUUGCAGCUGGAGCUGCUAAAGAAGAAAGCACGAGUACCGUUGAAGUAAGAGUGAAGAAAGGAGGUAAGAAUUAAGCAAAAAACCAAUAGACAUUGUUACCCGCAAAAAUUAAGAAAAAAAUCCGUGUAUUCUUUAUGCCGGAAUUCUUUUGCGUCCUUGUGGAAUUUUUUUGAGUCAAAGACACAUAACGCGGGGGUUACAAAAUCACUGCAUUUAGGGGAAGACAGAUUGUUCGUGAUGGAAGUGCCAGUGAGAUUUUCGGAAAACAAAUCCUGCGGGGGCGAUGGUGAAAUUUGUAAAAGCAGACUAACCAAGUUGCUUUUGCCCAACAAGUUCAGCUUAAGAGUGAGGCCGUGCCGGCUCUAGUCAGUUGAAGAGAUCCUUAUUAUAAUCCUUCUAUAAUAUAGGAAUAGUUACGGAUGCAACUCAUAUAGCGCACACGGCGGACUUAACUAAGCAUUUGAUUCAAACAUCACCUCAAAAGGCAAUCAUCUUUACCAAAAGAGGCUCGCAAAGCCUAGUGUCCAUAUAAAAAUUGGAAUAGCUGCAUAAAAAAAGGAAACAAUGACAGUAAUCGUUGCGCCAAUGAUCGCUGUGACAGACGUUAGUUCUGUGGUUAGUAUGGUUUCUUUGUCUUAGCAGCAAACGUGGCUGCUACGUUUGCUAUGAUUGUUCAGACCACUGGACGUUUUAGCGAUCUUAGCAGGUGACGGUAACAAUGAUAUGGAAACCAGGAUUGCAGCUUCCAACGACAAAAAAACCUCACCAGUAUUACAGUGUACAAGCAUCAUUUUUUAAAACAACAUUCUUUUUUUCUUACCCUAAAAGGUGGAAUUGAUAUUUUGAUAGACCACACAAUUUACAGUAAUUACAGCAGUCUGACCAAUGACAGUGUGAACGUUGGGAGCAAUCUCUCCAUCUCGAAACCAGAAGACAACUGUCUCGAGGUUUCCUUUCCAUCUCUAACAUCUGUAAAAUUCUGCGAGAAAAAGGAAAUGAUGUCCUUUAUUGUAACUCCUGGCGAUGAUUAUAAAAAUACCACAAAAGGGCUGCUAGGAACAUGGAAUGAUAAUGCAAAUGACGACUUCACCUUGCCUGAUGGGACAGAGCUGCCUUCGUCUUUAACUUUAAGAGACAUUCACUUCAAAUUUGGCGUUAAGUGUAAGUAGUGCAUUUAAUUGCUUAUCUUUUGUUCUCUGAAAUGACUUUACAGCUUAAAAAUUGGGAAUCAACAUCAUAAAUGAUAAAAAUAGUAAAUGCUCGUUUGCAGGGAAGUACCUUAAUUUCUCAGUCAUUUCAAGACCUUAAGUAUUGGUCCGGCCCUUGUAACCACUCUGCGGUCAAUCACUGUACCGACGGUGCUUUCUGUGGUCCAUUUCUUUCAAGGGCUUCGCCUCGUUCUAAUAUCACAGCGCAUAAGUUCUGAAAUGAAAUUUCUAAGUCUUUUCCAUUUUCUGAAAGUGUUUGUGAAAGUCAAACAUCUUGUCAAUUAUAACAAGAAGACGAAAUUCUAAUUUUUAUGAGCGAAAGGGUAGGGGCUGGUAGCCAUCGCCUACACGACAAUACCAAUAUUUCGAGCCAAUGCUUAACCCUAACCACUAUAACCCUAAUUACUAUUAUCAGUGCUUAACCCAAAUCACUACAACGGCGACAAAAACCGAUUUAUUUAAAAAUAGUUUAAAAUUAUGUACCCACAAUUAGCGGCCAGACAAUUCUCGGUGGUUAACAAUAGACUGUUUUCACUCACGUGGCCAGCGUCUAUGCUAAUUUGGCACAAAAGAAAGCGUUUGCAUGAGAAAAGAGUUCAACUCCCACAGGAUUGGUUUAAGACACCAACAUGGCCGCCGUUUCAUUGUUUUGGGACACCAAUAUGGCCACCGUGACGUCAAAACGCGAAAACACUCUAUACCAUAAUAGAUUCUUCCACGGUUUUUUUAACUUUUGACUAGGAACAGUUAGCGAAAUUCCGUCAACACUACUGAAAAGAACGGCUUAAAAUCAAUAAAGUUGCCGCGUUUGAAAGUGAUUUGAUAAAAAAAGUUGAGAAAACUAUACAGACAAUUUGAUACCAAUCAAGGUGCUUAUAUUGGUAUACUUUUAGGGCAAAUCAACCAAUCUCAAUCAUUGUUCACGUAUGCUCCAAACGAAAGUGUGCAUACUUUUUCCAAGCCUGACUUUGAGCCUAUGUUCGCGGACAAUAUCACGUGGCAUAACGAUAGUUUAAAGCAAGAGGCUGAAGAACAAUGUGGAGAUGAUCACGAGUGCUUGUUUGACGUGGCUUCAACCAAUGAUCUAUCUGUUGGCAUAGUAACCAAGGAUAUCAGUGUUCAGUUGGUGAAUGAGACCAAUGCUCUUGGUAAGCGAAAACAGACCCAGUCAAACCUGUAUUUAGUUUGCCCCUCAAUUUACAGGAUUCAUGUUGGUGUAGGUAUUUUUUCAUUAGUCAGAUGUCCGAUGCCAGUCUCCCCAAUUAGUAAGGUUCUGUGCCUGAGCUAUAAGACAUGAUACUUAAUUAAUAAAGUUCAUUAUUAUUAUUAUUAUUAUUAUUAUUAUUAUUAUUAUUAUUAUUAUUAAGAAUUAUAAUUAUCAAAGUAUUUAUCCUUGACAAAUCAUUAUGAAGAAGAUUACCCUAAUUUUUGUUAAAAUUAUACUUAAAGUCAGUCCAGAUAACUCCUUCGCCAACUAUCAGUUGAAUGAGUUAGAAAUCUUGUUCCCUCUCUUUUCAUGCUUUAACAUUUUUUUACGCAGACAACUUUCCACCCAAGAUACUAAAUGUUUCAAGUGCGAUAAACGUCACGCUCCAUGAAAAAGUUCAGCUAAAUAUUACAGCAGAUGAUGAAGACACGAUUACAUUCCGUGUGAUUAACAAACCAUCAAGCGCCAUCGUGAACACAAGUGGAAAUGUACUUCUCUUUACUUGGUCUGUCACAUCAACAAAAAGGGUAGGAUGUACUGACCUGAAUAACUGAGGAAAUUAAACAUGGAGGACUUCCCCUAGAGUUGAAAUGGACCAAAAACAUUAUUUUCAGUAUUUGGGAAUUCGCUUAGAUGGCUUUGAAGUUUAUACCAAAACAAAAAAUUAAAUUAUGCUUGUUGUCAUUCUUCAGUAAAACCUCAAUUUCAAUGAUCAUUUGAUUUAGGGAAUUUAAAAAACAACGAAAAGAACGUAGCAAUGUCGAAAAUAAUUCAUGUUCUUAUAUACUCUUUUGAAGAUUUUCUAACUUGAAUACUCUGCCGCAUAAGACUAACUCGUUCAGAUUCUAAGGAAGGCUUUGUACUUGUACUUAUCCUAAGCUUGUAACCACGGUGGCAUUGUUUUCGCUCAUUAAAACUCAAUUUUUUGACGUUUUUCUCGCUUUCAAGUUUUUCUUAAUCUUAACCAUAACACAAUUCUCAAAUCUGAUUGGCUAUCAACUGUCCUGAUUUUAGCAUUAAUAAGGCAGUGUAAUAGGACGGUACACGUCAUGCCUAAGUAAUUGGAGAGUACGCACCAUCGCGCGCGCACUUGAAUCCACUCAGUCUUAUUCCUCGCGAAGAGAGUUUAUAAUCUCGUCGCGUGCGCGCAGGGGUGGAAGCUGUUUUUCUUUUUCACUUCUUUUCUUUUCUUUUUCCUUUUCGUUUAGUUUUUUUUAGUCAUUAUAGUUUUGUUUUGUUUCUUUAUAUAGUGUAAGUUUCUUAAAUUUAUAAGUUUUCAUCCCUGUUGCCUUAUUUCCCUUUCUUCCUACUCCUUGCCGUUCGCCCGAAGUGCUACACGAAGUCCUGCGAUUCACAUAUUUCUAGUUACCUACCUAGUUGUCACUGACAGAAAAAAAUCAUUUUCUUAUUAGUCAAUGCUAGAAAAGAUGAUGACAUUUUUUCCAUUGUUUCAGUUUAAUCUUUCAUUCGUUGCCACUGACGAUAAAGGAGCGAGUGCAACCUGGAGUCCCACGAUUAACAUGUGCGCCUGCGACCACGGAGGUCAGUGCGUGCCCCCAGAAGAAGGUGACGAAGUCAACACUGACAGCAAAUUCGUGUAUAUGGGGUGCGCAUGUCAGGGAGGAUACACAGGAAGAUUCUGUGAUAGCGACAUUGAUGCCUGCGAGAUGAAUGGUCAGCCGUGUUAUGCAGGUGUUAAUUGCACUGACCUUCCAGCACCAGCUAAUGUUAGUGGAUAUACGUGUGGACCCUGUCCAACAGGUUUUACCGGAAAUGGAGCGCAAUGUGCUGGUAGGUGCAUCCAGGGCAACGUAGCCUGGUUUUAGCAGACUGGAAUUAUUGCUGAUUAGUUGUAUAAUGAUGCCUAUUUGCUCGUUAAAGCCCCGUGCAAACGGACUCAACAAUAUUGGCCAACAACUCCUAAAUUCAAAAGAUUGAGUUUGAUCGUCCGGGUGAACGGUUGCCCCAAAUUGUUGGAUGUUUCAUGUUGCAUCCGUUUGCACAGCUGUUGGGAAUUGUUGGGAGUUGUUGCUCAAAGUUUGAAACCGGUCAAACUUUUGAGCCAACAACUCCCAAUAUUUCUUUUGUUCCGUGGUCGCCGAAGCGUGGCACAACAAUGUUGGAUCCGUUUGCACAGCUCUUCCAACAUUGUUGGGGCCACGGAAGCGCAUUGCACAUAGUCUCUCUCCAAAGUCAAAUAGGUUGUAUCCCUUUCACGAUGCAUUGUAGGUCCCAAUAUUGUUGGGAGUUGUUGCAUCCGUUUGCACACCACUGCUAACACGGACGCAAUAACUCCCAAAAUUGUUGGCCCAACAAUUUUGGAAGUUGUUGCACGUAGCUUUAGGUAUUUAACGGACCAAUUUAAUGACAAGCUGCUAGUUGGCUUGCUGGCUCAAUUAGUUAAAGCGCUGCAGUGGUAUCGCGUAGGUCAGGAUCCCGUCAAGCCUGAUUUUUAAAGCUUCCAUUUUGCAACUACAUAAGUUGCGUCUUUAACUGCGAUGAUCUUUUUUGCAUUAAUUUCUUUAUUCCACGGUUCCAAUAUAUAUGAAAUUCAUAUAUUCAUCAUCAUCAACACAAAAGAAAUUGUAAAAAAUAAUACUCGAGUGAGUGCUACUUCACUGAGUGGGCAGAGCUCCAUCGUGGGCCCAUCCUCGGAGACCCAGGGGCAGAUAGUGAGGGCGAGGGAAAGUUUAAACUGGCGGGAAAAUAUGGCACGAAGAAAAGUAAAGAACGGCGAGAAGAGCCCCUGGGGACAAUGUCUUACCAGACCAGUUCCAAACGGUCGGCGCCAUUCUGGCUUCUGAUUGGGCAGAAAAACACAAAAGUUUUCUGGUACCAAUCAGAAGCCAGAACGGCGGUGACCGUUUGGAACUGGUCUGGUAAGACAUUGUCCCCAGGGGCUCUUCUCGCCGUUCUUUACUUUUCUUCGUGCCAUAUUUUCCCGCCCGUUUAGACUUUCCCUUGCCUCCAUUAUCUGCCCCUGGGUCUCCGUGGAUGUCGUGGGCCCGCCGUCGACCCACACUUCCUCGGUUCCUUCUAAAAAUCUUUCACUUUCUUCCUCAUAGCUGUACAGGAAUAAUUUCUAGCAGCAAACUGAAUAGUUUCUAUGGGCUUAACUAGCUUUGCUGUAUCGAUUAUGUCUUAAUUUUUUUCUUAUCUUCUGUUUUUGUUUGUUUGUUUGUUUGUUUGUUUUUGCCAUUUCUUUUUCUCUUAGAUUUCAAUGAAUGCCAGAGUAAUACAUCAAAUAUAUGCGAACAAGACUGUGUGAAUGUACCGGGAUCUUUCACUUGUGAUUGUGGCAAAGGAUACAAACUAAACGCAGACGGACAUAGCUGCGAUGGUAACACUUUAUUAAACAUAUUUCCUGACUUUUUUAUUUUUUAUUUCUGGAUUUUAGAAAUAUUUCUUUCUUAAUUUUCAUGAAAGUAAUUUCAUUAAACGUAAUUCUUUAAUUCUAACAAGCUUUGCCAGUCAGAAACUAGAACGUGUUUGCAAAUUAAUAUUGUGUAAAGCCAGGUUUCAAAAGAAGUCCUAAUUUGUCUGAAAUGGCGUUAACAGGAAAUUAAAACUAAUUGAAAUGACUGUAUUUUGAAUUGUAAGGACUAAAAAGUCGGUUUUUACCUGAUGAUCCGUACAGAGUUCCUAUUUCUUUUUUAAGACAAAACCAGUUAAGAAAACUAUGUGAUCUCCAACUUUAUACCAAUGUCACUUGACUACCUUAUGCAAAAGAAAUGAACGGUGUUUUUGAGGUUACCUCAAACGAUAUUUAUUAACCGAAUCAAGAGUAAAGAAAAAUCAAACAAAGAAACUCAGUUUCCUACGAUUACCAUACCCUGAGAAAACAGCCAACAUUUCGCGACUCCACCAAUGGUUUCCCCUCAAAUGACGUCUGAGGAACGAGUGCAGAAAUUCUAUACUGAUGACGUCUCACUACUUAUUCUUAAAACGGUCUCUGUUCAUUCGUGGUAAUUCAUUUGCUUGUGGUCUUAGCCUCUUUCAUGACUCUUUGGAUUUCGGCGAAAGGGCGUUAAGUGAUUGGUGGCCGACAUUGGCAAAUUUUUGUGAAAAACUUGCGGUGAAACUUUUCUUACAGGUUGUAGAUAUUAAUUAACUUAGAAGGGUAGCGUAGCUUAUUCAGUGCAUUUUUUUGAAACAUUUUAUGUUGUUUAAAUCGAUGCUGGGCUGUCUCUAUUCAUUAUGGGUGCGUUCUUGAUGACAGAACAUAGCAAAGGGUUGAUCCAUUUCUAAUACCUGCGCAUGCGUAUAUCCAUCUUUUCUUAGUGAUCGCAUGAUGUACAAUCACUUCUUAAUAAAGGGUUUAGUUUUAUCGUUUGUCUAACGAUUGUCACUUUGAUAUUGACCGCGACGUUUCGACCGCACUCCGCAGGACUUCAUUGGGCGAUAGUGUCGAUUUAACUAUUGAACUAUUUGUACCACCGGGGUUGUUAGUGAUUGGUGUAUCACAAACCCCGCUCAUAGUUGGUGGGUUUCGAUCCAAAGCAAUUUUGGCCUUGUGAGAGGACGAAACUGAUCCCUCGUUGGUCCGCUGCGGUGGAGAUCUGUUGUCAUGUUGUCUGGGUUUAGGCAUACACGCUUCAGGAAUCUCAAUUCCACCGUCCCUGUUGAUGUUGUUAGGGUGAAGUCUUAUGUGGAUAGCCUCCUUAACUCUAUGAGACUACCAGUGAGGGUCUCGGUCAAUAAACUUAACUUCUUCCAAUAGCGGAUAAUGCCCGAUCUUAUUGGCGUGUUCAGAAACGGCCGAAGUUUGAGUUCGUGAAAGCCGUAUAUCCCUAUCGUGCUCUAUAAUCCGCUCAUGCAUGUACCUUCCUGUUUCGCCAAUCUAUACUUUGCCGCAUUCACAAGGAAUCUUAUACACUACUCCAUUUUGUUUUCGUGGAUCCACAGGAUGCUUAGGUCGCACUAAGUGCCAUCUUAGUGUUGUAUCGGAAUUGAAAACAGAUCGUACGCCAUGCUGUUGUAAGCAACGACGAAGUUUCGAAGUGACAAUCGUGAGACAAACGAUAAAACUAAACCCUUUAUACACAUUAUCCACGAUGAUUUAAAUCUUUCAUGACAAUUACUUGUUUGCUUCCAGAAGCUUUCCCUUCCCUGUUAUUAACCAGUUGAUUUCCCCUCGAUUCUUUUAAACGCACACAAAACUCGGCCAAUAUCCAAUCAUCUUGACCUCCUGCCUGGUCGAUAACACAUUAUAUCGGUUGCCUGACCGAGCUUGAGGUAUAUGCUGUUCAAAGUUGGAAUGUUGUUUCACUAAGAAAAUUUAAGUUAAGUUGUCUUGGUGUAACUUAGAAUUUAUUUUUGUAGAUAUAAACGAAUGUGUACCAACAAAUGACUGCAUGCAAACGUGUACCAACACUCAAGGAAGCUACAACUGUUCGUGUGAUGCAGACUUUUUUAAAACAGACCCUAACGACUGGAGAAAAUGUGAAGGUAAGUACUAUCGUCCAGACAAGUGAUCGUCCAAGGCCUUUUAAGAGUAGCCUUGUAAAGUAGGAAAUUUUAAAAAAACUCAGUAUCUUAUUUUUUAAACUAUUGCCUAUUAUCCCACUCAUGGCAUAGCAUCCAACUCAAUACAAUAAUUAUCUUUUUUUUACUUUUUUCAUUUGUAGCCAAGAAUCCUUGUUCUCCAGAUCCUGGAUGUGACCAUGAUUGUUACACUGGAGCCAGCAACCAACCAUUAUGCGUUUGCUUCGCUAACUACGAGCUACAGCCUGAUGAGAAAACAUGCAAAGGUACUGGCUUAGUCAUUUUAUUGCGAAACUGUUUAAACAUCCUUCUUCCCUGGAAUGGUACGCAAAAUGCUUUUAGCAUAAAACGAGCGAGGGCAUGGAAUCUCAAGUCUUGAAAUUUUAGGGGCUGUUCUUAGCAUACGAUACCGAAAUGACUUUCAUUCCGGAAUGAUUUUCGUUCCAGAGUGAAGUUCGUACCGGAUAAAUGGCUCACUUAGUCUCGUGGUUUUCGCGCCAGAUCAGAUACGCAUGCCUCACUCGCCCGACAAUACACGUUUGCGAUUUUCAAUCCGGAACAAAGCUCGUUGUCAGUUUACAUGAUACCAGAAUGAAAUUUUGUACCAGAACGAGAAUUUAAUUCGGACUGAAAACCGUGAACUCAUUGUGGAAUGACUUGUAUGAGAAAGAAAUGUAAACAAAUACAGAGAAAGAUAUGGAGAUGGAAUGAACUCGUUCCAGAAUGAAAGGCGGCAUUCCGGUAUCAUGUAAAUUAGCCCCUUACCGACUUUUGUAUGCUAGUUGUCACUGAGCUAACUAAAUUGACCGGCACUCAAGCCAGCGUAGAAAGCGUCUUCAUGCGGUUUCGGAGCAAAGAACAAGGAUCGUCGUUCCUAGGUCUUUCUUUGCUCCAAAAUCAAACGGAAACGCUUGCUACGCAGGUUACCGGCGCACGUAAAUAAGCUUCCUUGUUUGCUUAUGUGAUCAUAUUUAACGAUUAUUGAAUGAGGCUGAGUGUGAUCUGAAGAAUUAUGGAGAUCGUGGAAAGGAGGUACAACACCGUUCGAGAUCAGCGAUCUCCAUAAUUCUUCAAACCAUACGAAGCCAUAUCCACUAGUUGUUUUUCUCAUUCAUUUAAAACAAUUCCUAGUUUAAAAACAAGCUAAAACAUGCCUACCUCAAUCGAUGUCAAGUUCCCUUCCUCAAUUGCCUAUUUCAAGUUCAGGAGAUAAAGGGACGUUUAGUUCUGCUAAUGUUCUCUAUAAAGCAGAUCUCGCCCGUUGAGUAGUUUCGAGUAUCCUGCGCCACAGUCGAAACUAAACUCUAGUAAAGUCCGUCUGCGAAACACCACCGAAACCCUUGUUCUGGACCCCACCUCUGUACCAGGAUUUAAGUACGCGAUAUGCUUGAACUGUUAAAAAUACCAUUGUCGAUAAAAUCAAAAUAUUUUGUGCAGUCAUAACAAGUACAUAUAGUACUGUAAACUAAUCAGAACUUCAGGAAAACAUACGAAACUGGCGAAAGUGGCGCGACAAUAAAAAGCCUCUAGGCUUGACCUGUUCAAAUUUAAAUGUGUGGGCGCCAGUUUUGAGUCAAAGGAAAGUAGUGUUUUUUGUCUUUGGAUUGGUUUUUGAAGCGCUUUGUAAAAGAACACGAUGCUAAUACGAUACGUAUUAGUCAAACUAUUUGUGUUAUCCCGGCACUGAAUAGAGAUUCAUCCAGUGGAUAGCAUUAUCCAGCUUUUGAACCACUGGGGCCAGAUCUAGACCUUACUAUCCGCAACAGUGCAGAAAAUGUCUGUUAAAGUCAGUUAAAUUUAUUUAUUAAAACCAUUUUUUACAUAUUUUAUCUUCGCAGACAUAAAUGAGUGCGACCCUGAGAAAUCUCUUGAACGUUGCAAUCAGAUUUGUGAAAAUAUUCCAGGCAGCUACCAAUGCUCUUGUGAGAAGGGGUUCGAAUUAAGCAACGAUGGAUACACGUGUGAAGGUAUGGAGGUGGUGGGUUAUUUUAACUUAGCCUUUUUGUUGGGGAUCGCCUUCUCUGACGUGCUUUUAUUUUCGAAACGUCUUUCGUUCUUUCAAUUUUGGGAAGUCGUUGUGUUCUCCAGGAGAGCCCAAACCACUUUAAUCGAGUUCACAAUGAACUGCACCCGAGUAUGACCGACAGAACAAGUGAUAUGUGGGUUCUAAAGAAGAUGAAUGAUACUAGUGGCGAGUCUCCAAUCAUCUUUAACUUCCUACUGCAGCCUGCAAUCUGUAAAAUACGAACUUUAAAUCCAGUAAAUAAUAAUGAGCCCCUUUGCCAUCCCAUCGUUAUUUGUUUUGCCAGUUUUUAUGAGAGGAGCAUUGCAAUCUGUCUAAGGGUAAAUGCUGAGUAGUUCAACUGAUUAUUGUUAUUUUUCUUUGACGUCAUACAGAUAUAAACGAGUGUGUGAAUGAUGAUUUAUUCAAUUGCACGGAUGAGUUCCACAUUUGCGUUAACACUCGUGGUUCGUACAAGUGUGUAUGUGGUCAAAACCUGUACUUUAUUGAUGGAAAAUGCAGAGGUAAUAUGCCAGUUAAGAUGAUGACUUCCAGAUAUGUUGUCAAAGCUCGAGUCACCUGCGCUACGAUUUCUUUAUUCGCCCAUCAUUGUAAAAUAAAUGUUUUACGUACGGUAUUUGAUAGUAUACAUGAGCAGGCAAGCUCUGCUGAGCUUUUCGGAGGAGAUCCCCGACUUCAACAUACAAAGGCGCUGUACUAUAUAAUUCUAUCGCUCUUUAUAAAAUUAUUCAAGCUUAUCAAUUUUAGUCGAUUCCUGAUACUUACUUUAAGUGAUACUGUAUAUUUGUCUUAAUCAUCUUUUUAAAUCGGCCAUAAGAUUUCUGAUUUCGUAGGUUUUCAGGUAGAUUGUGCCAUAAUUUUGCUCCUCUGAAUUUCACUGAGAAGUUGCCAUAAUUUGUUCUUUGAUAACCUAUGUGUAUGUUAGAAGCUGAACGGGUAUUGUAAUUAUGUAAAUGCUUACUCUUUGCGAAAUAAUCUUCAUCAGUCCUAUUCAGAACUACACUCGCCCGGACUAUGAUCAUAUUCCUCUUACUUAUGGCAUUGUUCCUGGGCUCAAACCAUUCACGAUGUCUCACAGAAGUGAAAAUGUUUUUUUAUGAUUAUUCUAGGUUUCAAGCCCAUAACUCUGCUCCCUACUCUCUCUUUCCCCCUCCAGCCCCUCUACUUCCCCUCGGCAAAGACAGUUAUUUGACCUAGGAACUUAGACAAAACAGCGGUUUACCUUUCUUUAGAUACGCUGACAUGGCAACCAGCCCUGACCCUUAGUUUCCAUUUAUGUAUUAAAAAGCUUUUAAUGAGACACCCAUAUCAUGUCUUUGUUCCAAACUAACAAACAGCUAGCUGUUUAGAGACCUUGCGAAAGAGUGACGUUGUUGGUUUUUCCUUCUACAGGUUUGGAAAAAAAUGAGUCUAUUCCAAUUCCUAAGCUUGAAGAGCCUCGACAGCCAAAUGGAAAAGAACAGGAACAUGCUGUAGAGAUUACGAUUGCGGCCAGUAACGACGUAAGAAAUAGUUUAAUUCAGUUUUGUAAUUCUUUUGUUUCCUGGUCAGUGGCCCUUUGUAAGCAUGAGUAUUGGUAAUGCAGUGCUGGGGAUAAUUAAGUGAUGGGCUAGCGUGUUACGCUAGACAGGGAGUUGCAAUACGCGUCGAAUGGGCUAUUGACUCGGAGUCCAUGAGAGAGAGAGGAAUAAGUGUUUUAGUAAAAUCCAACUAGUUGGUCAAAAAUAUCGAGAAAAAAAAAUGUUAGCUAGCUAAACCUAGACUUCAAUCCUUUUUUUCCACCAAAAAGCGCGCGCUUUUCGCUACUAGUAGGCUAUAACAUAUAGCAUAGUAGUAGCUCAACCAAUCAGAACGCAGCAUUGAUAAUAGACCACUAGCUGGAUUUUACUAAAAGAUAAAAUCUAGCUAGACGCCAAUUUCUGAGUUAUUUAGAGUGCUGUUUUUGAUUAAGUAAUAUACAAGAGCGACUUUAGAGUGAUUCCACCGGCAUAAUGUUCUUCCAUUCGAGGGGUUUCUGUAUGUAAGUGACGUUUCAUGACGAUUCUAAAGCAUGUGUUCUCUUGUCUUAAGUCAUAUUUAACUUCCGUAGUAUUUUGUUCUUAAAACGGGACGGUUUGUUCCAAUAAAAGGUAUACAUUUUCGAGUAUUGAAAAUAACACUAUCAACCCUCUUAAUAUGGACACCCCGUUAAUGCCGACACUUUCUGUGGCUUCCCCUCAGUGUCUGUGUAAAUGCAUGUAAAAAAGUAUUCAUCUAAACUCUGAAAAAACAUCAUUCACUGGUAUUCAAAAAAUCUAAACACAGGAAAAGUAGGUGUAGGCAGGAACGGCCACAGUAACACAGAGAAGAAAAAGACUUCAUUUCAUAUAACUCCUAACGUAUUAACUUUCUUUACAGUUUAAAUGGGAUUUCGAUACUGACAAGUCUUUCAAAGAAAAAACGGCUUUAAUCACCACCAGCUACUGCACCGAGAACAGGACAGACUGUGGACUGAAGGAGGAAAGACGCACCAGGUAAAUACAUCGUCUGUGCAUGUAAAAGAGGAUACAAUAUAUUAUCGUUCUGUUUUUUCACAUCGCUGCCCGCUUAGCUCAUUUGAAUAAGGGCCGGUCAGCUAAGCGGAAAGUCGGGGGUUUAAAUCCCAGGAGGAACUUCAACCAGGGAUUUUAGAACUUUGAAAGAUCUUACAGGAUGCAUCUUGACUCAGUUCGGGUGCGCCUCAUUGUAUAGGAACGUUAAGCCGUUGAUCUUGUUUCUUUAGAAGUGCAAUGUGGCGCAGUCGUGAGAGCACUAGCCUCCUAGCAAUGUGGCACGGGCUCCUCGGGUUCACCGGCGUCGACGUCAUAUAUGUGCGGCUAGCCCGUAUGACAGUUUCUUUAUAGCGAAGCGGUAGAACCGCGGGGGAAGCUCCAUAGUGGGACAAAAAGGAGCUGGUAUCCUCCGAAAACGGAAACGGAAACGACUGCUAGGCAGGUUAUAUCUAGGUUGAGUUGGUUGUCCGUUGUCACUUCUUUUCCUUAAGAUUUUUCUCCGCUACAAAAUCAGCUCCCCCCUCCCCACCUACUGCCUUUUUAAAUACCAGGGAUACCAGCAAAGGAGAUGUGGCUUAACUUUCAUGGCUUUUUCGGGUCGACACUUUUAUUGGUCCGCAGCCGUAGGCUUCUCGCUUUGUGUUGUUGACUUGGCUACAAUUGGCAAUAGUAUUUUUUUAAAAAAAGAGCGAAAAUAGCAGUUAGAAUUUUUGCCUAUUUGUUGAUUUUUAGACGUGCUCUUGAUUUUGAACUCUACGUUGCUGACUAUGUCCACCUUCUGCCUGGGUAUCCUAGCAACGGCUCAGUCUCCCGCGCUGUGGCUUUUUACGUGCAGCAGCCGCCAGGAUUAUUUACCGGAAAUAACUCAGUAUUACCUAGCAAAACUUUGGUUGAUAUCGUCGUAUUAUACAAGUCUGAGCUUGAGGGCGCAAUUGGGGCAAACAUAUCCAGUAUAAAAGCUCUCUUCACACCAACCGGAACGACGACGACGACAACAAGAAAACCUAUCGAGGAAAGUGAAAACAACAACUGGAAAUGGAUUGUAAUUGGUGUUAGUGUUGGAGUAGUGGCCAUUAUUCUUAUCGUCGUCAUCGUAAUUUGGCGGUAGGUUUUUUCUUACUUUCUGGUAAGUUUUUAAAAAAGCCAGUUAUUGAGACAAAGGUUCCUCCUCAACUCCAGUGGUACUUCUCCACAUAUUUGUAUUAUGAAGCAGAUGCGACUCCACUGUUAGUUACCGAGUCUUUGUUAACAACUUUCAAUGUGUGUUCAGUUAAAAACGACAGGAAGCACUCGCUCGUUGUUGUGUGACGUCACACUGGCACGCGGAAUGGGUCAACAAACGUAAUUGGAAAACAAUUAAAUCGUAUUCCAUCAAGAUUUUGGGACAAUCUUUAGAAAGUAGUAGUAGCUAUGACAGCCGGAUUUGCAGUAUUACAAAACACGGUACUAAAAUAUAAAAUACAAAAUAAAAAGACAUUUUACUGUUUUGUAUAUAUAUUCUUUAGGUGUUGAGAGCUAUAAGAAAACCCAGUAAAAAAUAAAAAUAAAAUAAAAAAUAAUUAAAUUCUGAUCGGAGCAUUUCUAAGGUAGGAAAGUGCAAAGGUAGAUAUCUCUUGUUAGAGUCAAAAAAUCCGCAACAUAUAUCACUAAAGGCAAAUUGUGGGGUACUCCUCGGUAGAAAUAAAAGCGCUACUGACCCAAUAUAUUUCGUCUCUUUCUUCUUUAGUGUCAAAACAAAGAAGAGAACCAUCAAAGUGACUCCAGCCUCCGGUUCCUUCCCUGAAGAAGCAGUCAUCAUGGAAAGUUACACUGCUAGAUCAAGUCGUGAACGUCUAAGAGCCUGGGAGACAGAAGUUGAUAACGAUUAUACGUAA